CACAUCAGAAAUAAGGUUUGAAUCCCAAAAUAAAUGAAUUACGACACUGUGACCAGUUUUCUGUUUUCUGGCAGCACGUGAACGCACCAUUUGGCUCCUCCCACUUCCGGUGAGAAACCGCUAUCUGUCAUUAAAAACAUCCCGGGAUAAAAUCAGCUGUUCGGACCUUCAUCCUCUCAUCCUCCGUCUGUGACAGCAUGCCCGGCCAGAGGUAGCCUUCCCCCGGGCAGAGGUAGCCUUCCCCCGGCCAGAGGUAGCCUUCCCCCGGCCAGAGGUAGCCUUCCCCCGGCCAGAGGUAGCCUUCCCCCGGGCUGCUGCAGGAGCUCCGGAGCGGACAGAUGGAGAGGCCGAGCAGGCUGCUGCUGCUGUCCGACCUCAGAGUCAGAAAUGCGGCGUACGAGGUGAGCCUGAGCCGGUCCCUGCUCACCUGGAAGAGACGCGUCUCCAGCCCGGUGUACCACCCGUUCAGACCCAGUGUGUGUCACAGUGUGUUGGUGUCAGAGAUCAUCUCAGUCAGAGAGGAAGAGGAGGAGCUCAGCAGCAAACAGAAGGACGAUGGCAGCUGGAGGAAGAUCAAAGAGAGAGAGGGGAAGGACUGCAGGCGGAGCUUCACAGUGUUGUAUGUGCAGAGGUCUCGGCAGCACCGCUGGCGGUGUGCUGAGGUCACCUUCUCGUGUCCAGAGGAGGCGCUGUGUCAACACUGGGUCAGAAACAUCAGAGAGCAGCUCGCCUCUAUCGACAGCAGACCCAAACAGCUGUUAGUCUACAUCAACCCUUUCGGCGGGAAGCAACGAGGCAAACACAUCUACGAGCAGAAGGUGGCGCCACUGUUCGCCCAGGCUGGCGUCUCCGCACACGUCAUUGUGACGGAGUACGCCAAUCAUGCGAGGGAUCACCUGAGGUCGGAGGUGGAGCUGAAGAAGUUUGACGGCGUGGUGUGUGUGGGAGGCGACGGCAUGUUCAGUGAGAUCAUCCACGGGUUGAUCUGGAGGACGCAGCUGGACGGCGGCGCUGAUCCGAACUGUCCGGAGGAAACGCUGCUGCCCUGCUCGCUGCGCAUCGGGAUCAUUCCUGCUGGAUCAACAGACUGUAUCUGCUUCGCCACGGUGGGAACCAACGACCCCGUUACCUCUGCCCUGCACAUCAUCGUGGGAGACUCUCAGCCGAUGGAUGUGUGCUCCGUCCACCACAACAACACAUUUCUGCGAUACUCGGUCUCCCUGCUAGGAUACGGUUUCUAUGGCGACGUGCUGACGGACAGCGAGAGGAAGAGAUGGAUGGGACCGGCCAGAUACGACCUUUCAGGUCUGAAGAUGUUCCUGACUCAUCAUUACUAUGAAGGAACAGUGUCCUACCUGCCAGCCAGAGACAUCGUGGGAACACCUCGAGAUGCCGCCAGGUGUCGAUCAGGCUGCUUGGUUUGUCAGCACAGCGGGAAACUGCUGUCAGAGCGAGCUGAGAGGUACGAGACGGAUGAAGUGUCCAACAGCGAAAGUGACGGUGAGUGGAGGACGAUCCGAGGGAAGUUCCUGGCUAUAAACGCUGCCAGUAUGAGCUGUGCUUGUCCUCGCAGCCCCAAAGGCCUCUCACCUGCCGCUCACCUGGCCGACGGCACCACUGACCUCAUCCUGGUUCGAAAAUGUUCCCGCUUUGAUUUCCUCAGACACCUCCUCCGACACACCAGCAAAGAUGACCAGUUUGACCUGACGUUUGUCGAGGUCCAACGGGUGCGACGUUUCCGCUUCACGCCUCGCCACUGCCAGAGCGACUCGGACCUGGAGCUGGACCUGCACGAGAACGGCAAACGGCAGAUCUUCAGCCAGAUCUGCAGAGACCACCCGGCCUGCAGCUGCAGUCCCGCCUACAGCAGCUGGAACUGCGACGGCGAGAUCCUGACCCACACGGCCAUCGACGUCAGAGCUCACUGCCAGUUGAUCAAACUGUUUGCACGAGGGAUCGAAGAAUCUGCCGUGUUUGAGGAUCUCACCAACCCCAGUGCAAUAUAAACCGCCGUUUCUCUCUGUCACACACUGGAGUCACGUCUCAUCUACUCCAACGUCUUCAGCAGUACUUUCUGGAUCUGAAAGUCCAAAAUGAUUUCCUCACAGACAGGAAGUGAUGUGUAGUUUCCUGCAAAGCUGCGACUAACGAUUAUGUUCAUUAUCGAUUCAUCAAUUCGUUUUUUUUUGUCCGUAAAAUGUCAGAAAAUGAUGAAAAGUGCUGAUCACUGUUUCCGAAAGAAACAGAGAAUAUUAACAUUUAAGAGGCAGAAUCAAUCAAAGUAGUUGGCGAUUAAUUUAAUAGUUAGCAACUGAUGACAAAUCAUUACAACUCUAUUAUAUUGAUUUAUAUUUGUCAGGUUAUUUACUAGUUCUCCGGUCUGGUAACUGUCUCUAGACGUUUUUUGACUCUUGGAGUAGAUGAGGAACAGUCAGUGUGUAUUUGCACUUUCUAAAUAGUUUUAAUUAUUUUCAAUACGCAUCCUUGGAAUGAUCUGUUACAUGUUUUUAAGAAGCUGCCCGUGGUCGCUGGGUCAUGUGAUCAUUAGAGAUCAGGGCUUCGUUCACAUUCAUUCAGUAGAAAGUGAACCUUCAUCGGUCGAUGCUGACAGACGUGUUUUCUACUGAUGAACUCGACUUUGUUCUGCAGCUACGUGACGGUUUUACUUCUCAAACUGGUCCAUCAUAAUUAUCUCCAGUCUUCUAUUUUUCUGUCGUUUCUCAGGAAGACCUGAGCUUAAUCGUAGCUUUGAAAUUGUAUUUUUAAAUAUUUUAAUUCGCAGAAAUUGAGAAGGAAAAAAAGAAAUGAAAAAUCUUUUAAUUCUAGUAAAGAAGAGUUUGUGUCAGUCAAGCCGGUCGUGGCACACAUGAUGAUUGUUUUUAAUCUUCCAUUUCUGCUCGAUAUGCAAAUCAUCUGCAGAUUUACUGCGUUAACAGCGAUAUUUCAUACAGACUGUGAAGAUAUCCAGACUUCAAAAUGAGUUGUAGCUGUAACUUCCUCUCAGUUUAGUUUUGGUUCAGUUAAAGCCUGAAGAUAAUCAUCUCAACCUGUUACACAACAAAUAUAUUUAUGCAAACAAAUGCCUUCAUUUUUCCAGCUGACACAUUUAAAGAACUCGUCUCUGAAUAUUUGUGACGUUCACACAUGUUCAAAAGUAUGUGGACAAUAUCGUCACGUGCUGUAAACUGAAGAGAAGUGGCUCAGAUCAGUCCAGCAAACUACAGGACAUGAGAGAAUGUGUCUCCCAGCGGGGGGUCAGGACCCCACAAGGAGGUGAUUAAAUCCAUAGAAGAUGAUAAAAAAAAUGUUUCUGCUCCACAAACACAAACAGUAGCUCAGGAGC